AGCUUCACUUUUCCGGUCAGGUUGCCAUUGUCACGUGACCUUGUUGUAGAGGCGGAAGUGAAAGUAAACUGAGAACAGCGGAGCCUGGCUGAGAGAGCUGUAAUGAUCUGUAAUGGCAUCUGCCAGUUCGAGUAGAACUGGGAUUGGCCCAACCUCAGAAAAAUCACAGUUGACCUUAAAAAUUUUAUCAGCAAAGCCCCAGUCCCCCAAAGCACCCAGCAGAAACUCCCGAAUCAACUCUUUUGUGGAAGUCACCCCUGAUGGACUAUCAAAUGAGACCAAAAAGACGGGAAAACGUAGUGGGAAUCCUGAGCUCCAGUGGAAUGAAAAUCUCACUUUGAAUGUUACCCCCCAGAGCCGUCUGGACCUGAAGCUGUGGAGCUGUCACACACUGAGAAACGAGCUCCUCGGAAGUGCCUCCAUUGACAUCUAUGACACUUUAAAGAACAACAAUGGCAAAAUGGAGAAUAUUCAGCUGAACCUGAACCUGCAGACGGAGAACAAAGGCAGCCUUGUGUCAGGCGGAGAGCUGACCGUGUGCCUGGAUGGACUGGCUGUUGAUCUAGGAAGUUUGCCUAAUGGCAAUGCAGUGACAGACAAAUCACAACCAGAUGAAAAAGACAAUGCUGACCCAAUCCAGAGUGAUGAUGAGUCUCAAAACCUGCUCCCUGCCACCAGCACCCCUGGAGCCAGUGAAAGAACACACAGACACUUGCCAGAAACUUCCAGAAGCGGGUCAGCGGUUAAUGGACACGGUGCUGUGAAUGGUGAACAGAGUCCCAGUACCAGGAACAGACACCGACAGACAGCCAAGAGCCUCUCUAACCACUCCAGCAGUAGUGUUUCAGUGAAUGGAGAGGUUGUUGUGAACGGGAUUGAAAGUGGAAGAGGCAGCCCAGUGUGUCCACCUCCUCCGUCACCCUCUGUGUCUCUCUCCACGUCUCUGUCUGCCAGCCCUCCCCCCAGCACUGGAACCCCCAGCUCAGCCAGCACAGAGGCAGGGGAACCUGCCCAUACAUCCACCACCGAACAGCCUGCUGCAGCAAACCAGAACCUCGAAGCCCUGCCAACUGGAUGGGAACAGAGGGUUCUUCCCAAUGGAAGAGUAUACUAUGUUGAUCACAACACAAAGACCACCACCUGGGAAAGACCUCUGCCACCUGGGUGGGAGAAGCGGGUGGAUCAGCGUGGCAGGUAUUACUAUGUGGACCACAACACCAGGACUACCACAUGGCAGAGACCCACGGCCGAAACAGUACGCAACUACGAACAGUGGCAGUCCCAGCGAAACCAGCUGCAAGGAGCCAUGCAGCAGUUCAGCCAAAGAUUCCUCUACCAGUCCUCUGGUGUCACCACCGACAAUGAUCCACUUGGCCCCCAACCUCCAGGCUGGGAAAAACGUCAAGAUAAUGGACGGGUGUACUUUGUUAACCACAAUACACGCACCACACAGUGGGAGGAUCCCAGAACCCAAGGGAUGAUUCAGGAGCCACCUCUCCCCCCGGGCUGGGAAAUGAAAUACACCAACGAAGGGGUUCGCUAUUUUGUCGACCACAACACUCGCACCACCAGCUUUAAAGAUCCACGACCUGGAUUUGAUUCAGGUUCAAAACAGGGUGGGUCCCCAGGAGCAUACGAUCGGAGUUUCAGGUGGAAGUAUCACCAGUUCCGGUUUCUGUGUCAAUCUAAUGCACUCCCAAGCCAUGUGAAAAUCAGCGUCUCCAGACAGACUUUAUUUGAAGAUUCCUUCCAGCAGAUCAUGAAUAUGAAAGCAUAUGACUUGCGUCGCAGGUUGUAUAUAAUAAUGCGUGGAGAAGAGGGGCUAGAUUAUGGAGGCAUUGCAAGAGAAUGGUUCUUCCUGCUGUCCCAUGAGGUACUGAACCCCAUGUAUUGCCUGUUCGAAUACGCAGGGAAGAAUAACUACUGUCUGCAGAUCAAUCCUGCCUCCUCCAUCAACCCUGAUCACUUGUCCUACUUCCGCUUCAUAGGCAGAUUCAUAGCCAUGGCUCUGUAUCAUGGUAAAUUCAUCGACACAGGUUUUACUCUGCCGUUCUACAAGCGCAUGCUGAAUAAAAAACCAACUCUGAAGGACCUGGAGUCGAUUGACCCAGAGUUCUACAAUUCCAUUAUGUGGGUCAAAGAGAAUGAUCUGGAGGAGUGCGGGGUGGAGCUGUUCUUUGCUCAGGACAUGGAGAUACUAGGAAAGGUGACAACACACGAACUGAUAACAGAUGGGGAGAACAUACUGGUGACGGCAGAGAACAAGGAAGAAUACAUCAGACUGCUCACAGACUGGAGGUUCACUCGAGGUGUGGAGGAGCAGACCAAGGAUUUCCUGGAUGGGUUCAACGAGGUGGUCCCUCUCGAGUGGCUCAGAUACUUUGAUGAAAAGGAGAUUGAGUUGAUGCUCUGUGGGAUGCAGGAGAUAGAUCUGAUUGACUGGCAGAAAAACACCAUCUACCGCCACUACACUAAAAACAGCAAGCAGAUUCAGUGGUUCUGGCAGGUGGUAAAGGAAAUGGAUAACGAGAAGAGAAUCCGCUUGCUGCAAUUUGUAACUGGAACCUGCCGUCUGCCUGUUGGUGGCUUUACAGAAUUGAUAGGGAGUAAUGGACCCCAGAAAUUCUGUAUUGAUAAGGUGGGGAAAGAGACCUGGUUACCUAGAAGUCAUACUUGUUUUAAUCGACUGGAUCUGCCUCCCUACAAAAGCUUCGAACAGCUGAAGGAGAAAUUGCUUUUUGCAAUUGAAGAAACAGAAGGGUUUGGCCAGGAGUGAAGCAUCUCUGAUAGCAUUUAGAAACAAAGCAAGACAUGCAGAGUAGCAUAU